GUCAGUGUCAGGUUUUUAAAUUUUUAUUGUUUUUGUUUAUUUGGUAUUUCAUGUUUGUUUAUUUCAUUUUCCAUAAGAUAUAUCGUGAUGAAUCAAAUGAAUAUACCUAAUUGUUCGUCUUUUAUCACACCACACGACGAUGAAGGGCAAGACUUGGGUGAUAUACCACUGAUUAGACAAAUCGACAAUAUCAGAAUACUCCCAAAAUACUCUUCACUUCUAUCAAAAUCAGGAGAUGAUAGGGUCUGUAUGGAUGAUUUGGAUCAAUUACAAUUAGAUUUAGAAAAACUCUGUUCUACUUGUACUGUAAGAAUAAGAUAUUUGUUGUCAGAAAUCGGAGAAGCAGACAGAAACAUUGAAGGGUCUGAUCAUACUGUCCAUGAGAAGAAAUCCUUCAAAAGAAAACUUCCAGAAGAAAUUCUCAUAAACCCAGACUUCAGGAAAAAAAUGCCUGAAAAUGAAAAUGCUGAUAAGUUCUGGGCUUCAAUUAAACCUUAUUGUUCCAGUGUUACCAAUAAUGAUAUAACAUUACUAGAUAGCCUCAUCAAUGAAUGCUCUAAAGAUAUGAAUUCCAAGAUUCCAGAAACUGGUGAGAAUUAUUCUAGUGGAUGGUCAGUAGAUACUACCAAUGAAGAACCAAGUAAACCCCCUAUGAAAAAAAUUGCAUGCUUCUCUGACAUGAAGAAGAAUGGCCUAAAUUCAAUGGUGGAAACCUUUGCUACACCUUUAACUCAAAGACUUUUGGCAGCUUUAAUUGAAGAGAAAGUGGUGACUAACCAUUCAACAAAUGGAGAAAGUGCACCUCCUGUAUCUAAUAAUCUGAAAUUAUCAGAAUCUACAAAACUGAAGACAUCAACUGGAGGUCAAAAAGUUCCAUGCAUUGACAGGAGAUUGAAAAAAGAACUUAUGGAACUGGGUAUAAUCUCUAUGGAUGACUUGUCUAAGUUUUAGAGAGUACCAUACCACUGACUGGACAGGAAUGGCAAUGAGACAUUUUCAUUACAAUGUGAAACCUGAAUGAGUGACAUUUUUGUCUGGGGGUGGAUAGUUUCAACAUAUUGAAUGAUUUAAAAUACAAAUACAGGAUUUCAAAUUGAAUGUUGAUGUGUGUUAUCAUGCAAGAAUAUAAUUGAAAUUCUAUUGUGAGACAGGAACUGGAUUUCAUAAUGAAAUACUGAAAAAUGCAUUUACUUAUGAAGUUUCAUAAACUAGUUUGAAUAUCUCCUUCUAGGUAAACCAGUCCCUAUUUUCAUAUUUCACUGCA